AUGACGCAGUGCCUAAAACAGCCCGAGAAGGGAACCAUCGCCGUUCUUACGGGCCUCGUGGCGACGGCCUACGCUGGUGUCGAUGGAGUCCUUGGUGGUGGCCUAGCAGGCGUUGGCGUUGGAAGCAGUGUCGUUCUAAUAAACUCCGGAAGGGGAGUCGGAGUCGCCAAAUCUCUUCCGGGUCCAGCGUAUCUCAUCAAGAGCAUAGACCAUUUGCACAGAGUAGAUGAUGGACAUGACGUCGUCGUGCCUGGUAGUGUCGGAUGUUUCGUCAGCGGUUUUGGAGGUGGCUACGAAGGAGGUUAUGGAGGUGGCUACGGAGGAGGCUAUGGUGCAGGCUACGGAGGUGGCUACGUUGGAGGCUUCGCAGGAGGCUUAGGAGGAGGAUACGGAGGUGGUUACGGAGGUAGCCGUGGAGGAGGCUUUGGAGCAGGAUACGGAGGUGGCUACGUAGGUGGCCACGGAGGAGGCUUUGGAGGAGGAUAUGGAGGUGGCUACGGAGGUGGUCACGGAGGAGGCUUUGGAGGAGGAUAUGGAGGUGGCUACGGACGUGGAUCUGGCCGUCUUUCAGGCUACGGAGGCGGCUACGGUGGCACCUUCAGAGGAUGCUUCACAGGCAAUUAUGGAGGAGGCUUCGGUGGCGGCUAUGGUGGUCUUGGUGGUUACAGCUAUAAAUGGUAG